AUGGAACUUGAGAAUAGACUCGUGAAGGUAGAACAGAGCUCUUCGGUGGAUGAACAACCACGGGACCAGUCCAACAAUGCCAGCAGUUCUGCAGAGAAUGAACAAGGUUCUCCAGUGGAUGCUUGCUCCGCUUUCUUAAUCGAGGAGCAUAAGAAAGGUAUUAGUGAAGAGAUAAGGCAGAGGAAUAGGGAGAAGAAACUCCAGCGUGAAUCAGCUGGCCAGGAUAGCUCUUCCUCAGAAUUAUCUCACGAAACAGAGAUUAUUGAAGGUAUUGCGAAUUCUGCUGUGGAUUCGAACACCAUUAGCGAUCGGAGUGCUUCGGAAAAAAUAGGGAAAACUGUAUCCCAAGGAUACGAUCAGAGUGCUUCAGAAAAUUUGGAAGAAAUCGGGAAAACCGUAUCCUUGGGAUACGAUCAGGUGGCUUCAGAAAGUUUGGAAGAAAUUGAGAGCAAAGCUGACUAUCAAGAUAAAUCGGUGGUAGGACCGAGCAUAGUAACCGAAUUCGUACAAGGUUUGUUGGAAGAGCUACUCUCAUCUGACAAUCAACUUCUGAAAGAUGUAAAGUUUUCUUCUCCCAAAACUAUAAUUUCCGGAUCGAUAAGUAUUAAGAGACUUGCCAAUUCAUUCUGCCAAGCAAAUGGUGCAAGAAAUAGAUCGAUCACAACAAAGCGAUCAGAAAUUACAACCUGGCGUUUAUUCUCAGAAAGAUUUGAAAACAAGGUCCUGGAACCUAGGGCUGAAAAUAAGAAACUUGCGGAUAGAACUGCAAAAACACAAAUUUAUUCUGAAAUGAAACCAUACCUUACAGAUAUUUCAGAUGAAUAUUUAUGUGUGAAGGCCUUUAAGGCGAGAAAAUUAACAAGUUAUUUGGGAGGUCACUGGGGUGGUAAGGUGCCUCCGAAUUCAGAAUCUGACUCCAAUUACGACAAAUCUAUGGAGCGAAUCUAUGAUGAACUCACACACAAAGAAGUAGCGAGGUUAGAAGCACUAGAGGCAAUUAAGUCACAGCCUAACAUUGACUUCGUUCUCGAUGAUGAAAAAAUGGACGAUAAACCUGAAGAUAUUAAUAUAUUCGAUGACAUAGACUUUGAUCUCGACGAGGAAAUAAUGGACGAUAAACCUGUCGACUCGAAUUACCCGAUCAACGCUCGAACAGAAGGAGUUUUGACAGGCAUAAUCUGGUCGAAUACCUGCGGAAUAUCUUAG